AUGCUGUCACUAGCCGUCCUCCUCUCGCUGCUGUCCGGCUUCGCCCUCGCCCAGGACCGCCUCUUCUCCUCCGCCUUUGGCUACCCCGGCCGCAAUGCGAGUUACGACUACGUCGUCGUCGGCGGCGGCACCGCAGGCCUCACCCUCGCCGCGCGCCUCGCCGCCACCUCGGCCUCGGUCGCCGUCGUCGAGGCCGGCGGCUUCUACGAGGUCGAGAACGCCAACAACAGCGUCGUCCCCUUACUCUCGCUGACGGGCAUCGCCUUCGUCGACCCCUCGCCCGCCUUCGUGCCCCAGCCGCUGAUGGACUGGUCCCUCGUCUCCGAGCCCAUCCCCGGCGCCGCCGGCCGGACCGUCCACUACGCCCAGGGCAAGACCCUCGGCGGCUCCUCGGCCAUCAACACCAUGUCCUACAUCCGCGGCACCAAGGGAGCCUACGCCCUCUGGGCCGACACCGUCGGCGACGACUCGUUCCGCUGGGAGCGCAUGCUGGAGUACUUCCGGCGUUCCGUCAACCUGACGCCGCCGGACGAGGAGAAGCGCCGGAACACCAACGCCACGGUGCGCUUCGACCCGGGCGACUACGCCGACGGCGCCGGCCCGCUGCACGUCUCGUGGAACAACUGGGUCGACCCGACCCUCACCUGGCUCGCCGGCGUCGUUCAGAGCCUCGGCCUGAGCAUCAGCCCCAACGGCUUCAGCAGCGGCGAGCUCGCCGGCCACGCCGCCUGGGUGCCCUCGACGAUCGAGCCCGCCAGCGCCCAGAGGUCGACGAGCGAGAGCAGCUUCCUCCGCCAGGCCAUCAGGGAUACGGGCAUCGUCGUCUACACCCACACGCUGGCGACCAGGAUCCUCUUCGACGGCACGCGGGCCGCGGGCGUCGCCGUCAGCACCCACGGCGUCGACUACGUGCUCUCGGCCAACCGGGAAGUCGUCCUCACCGCCGGCACGUUCCACUCGCCCCAGCUCCUCCAGGUCUCGGGCGUCGGCGCCCGCGAGCAGCUCGAGGCCCUGUCCAUCCCCGUCGUCGCCGACGUACCCGGCGUCGGACGGAACCUCCAGGACCCGAUCCAGAUCUUCGUCGCGUACCCGGUCAACACCCCCUCGGCGCAGUCCCUCACCAACGACCCGGCCCUCGACCCGGGCUUCGUCGAGGAGUACCUCAAGUCCGGCACGGGGCCCUACAGCUCGGCGGCGGGCUUCCUCGCCCACGAGCGUCUGCCCAACGCGACCCUCGCCGGUCUCACCGAGUCCACCCGCCAGAAGCUCGCGUCCUUCCCCUCGGACUGGCCUCACCUGUCCUUCAUCGCGGGGUCCUUCUCCACGGGGCCCGGCCAGACGAGCGGCACCCUCGCCGCGUACCUCCCGCUCGUCUUCUCCCGCGGCAACGUCACCAUCUCCUCGGCCUCCGUCAGCACCCAGCCGACCAUCCACCUGAACUGGCUCUCCGACCCGGCCGACGUCGAGCUGGCCGUCACGGCCGUCAAGCGCCUCCGCGCCGCGUGGUCCUCGCCCUUCGCCGACACCCCCGGCUUCAAGGCCGGGCCCGAGGCGCUCCCCGGCGACGCCGUGCGGACCGACGAGGAGAUCCUGGAGUACGUGCGGACGAACGCCGGCCAGGUCUGGCACCCGGUGUCCACGGUGGCCAUGGGCAAGGAGGAGGACGUCGAGUCGGGCAGGGCGGUGGUCGACAGCCGCGGGCGCGUGUUUGGCGUUCAGGGGCUCCGGGUCGCGGACGCGAGCACUUUUCCCUUCGCUUUGCCGGGCCACCCUCAGUCUGCUGUCUACGCGCUGGCCGAGAAGAUUGCGGACGACAUCAUUACUGGUCGUUGA